CUGCCAAAAGCAAACAACACCCUCCUCUGAUCCUCUCCCCUCCCGCCAUUACUCACCGGACACCCACGCAUCCUUUCCGACGUCUGGCUGGCGUGAUGGCCCCACGUCUCCUCGCCCCCCACACCAGCUUACAUACGACGCCAUGCCCACAGAGGCGCAGAGUACUCCAGUAGUCACGAGCUCCACAGUCCAAGCUCGCACUCGCGAGUGCUAGCAUCUCUCGGGAAUGGCAGAGCUGCGUGGCUUCGUGAUGGCUUCGGCGGCGGCGGCUGUGAUGGUGGUGGUGGCCGUGGUGUCAGUGGCGCCACGCGGCGCGGAGGCGAAGACGACGAUCGAGCCGUGCUCCGGGUCCGACUCCUGCACGGCGCUGCUGGGCUACACGCUCUACGCCGACAUGAAGGUGUCCGAGGUGGCCGCGCUCUUCGCCGCCGACCCGGCGGCGCUGCUGGCCGCCAACGCGCUCGACUUCGGGGCCCCCAGUGCGGCGCACCGCAUCCUGCCCAUGGGCCUCUUCGUGCGUGUGCCCACCCGCUGCUCCUGCACCGACGGCGUCCGCAAGUCCGUCUCCGUCCGCUACGCCGCGCGCCCCGCCGACACGCUCGCCACCGUCGCCGACGUCGUCUUCGCGGGGCUCGCCUCCUCCGACCAGAUCCGCAACGAGAACGGCCUCACCUCCACCGACCCCGACGCGCCGCUCGACGCCGGCCAGAAGCUCGUCGUCCCGCUGCCCUGCGUCUGUUUCAACUCAUCGGACUAUAACCUGCCCGCCGUGUACCUCUCCUACGUCGUGCAGGUCGGGGACACCGUGCCCGCCAUCGCCGCAAGCUACGAGACCACCGUCACGGAUGUCAUGAAUGUGAAUGCCAUGGGGAGUCCCGUCGCCGCGCCAGGCGACAUUCUCGCCAUCCCAUUGCCAGCAUGUGCAUCUACAUUUCCAAAAUCUGCAUCGGACCAUGGACUCAUUGUAGCAAAUGGGACUUAUGCGCUUACUGCUAGCAACUGUGUGCAGUGUAGCUGUGGACCAGGCAGUCUCAAUUUAUAUUGCACACCAACUUCAUUAUCGGGAUCCUGUCCAAGUAUGCAAUGUCCUAACAGCAAUGUGAUGCUUGGCAAUGUGAGCACCCAUCCAACUAGUGCAGGAUGCAAUGUCUCAACUUGCAGCUACGGAGGUUUUGUUAAUGGAACUAUAACUGCUUCGCUAAACGCAGGUCUCCAACCCAAAUGCCCAGCACCACAUCAGUUCCCUGCACUGACGGAACCACCUACAACAGUGAGCCAUGACUCAACUUAUCUUCCUCCGCUAUCAGCGCCAGGACCAGCAGAAGCUGGUGGAGUCAUGCCUGAACCAGGUUCGCCAGGCCCAGGCUCGUCGGCGCAAGCAGGGUCCUUCACGCUCCCGAAAGUCUCUACGGCCAACGGCCCUGCUGGAAUCGUUUCAGCAGCUUCGUUGAUGGAUAAACCACUUCAAAUCCUACCCGUCCUGGUCUCUUGCCUAGCUUUCUACUUGCAGCUGUGAGUGAAUCACAUCGUGAUGAAAUUCUUUAGUCGUGUCUUCUGUAGCAUAGUAGUAAACUGGAAGGCAGGCGAUUAGUGAGUGAGUGGUAUCAUGACGGCGAUGCUUUUGAAGCACCAACCAAGGGACAUCAUUGAUCAUUCCCUCUGAGUUCUGACUUUAUUUCGCAAAAAUUCCCGGCAAUUGUUCCCUAAACAGCAUGAUGUGUUCGCUGCUUUUGUACAAAGAGACAUGGCCCUAUUGUGAUGUGUAAAGUGGUAACUAUUGUUCUUCUCCGCAA